UUGCUUGACUGCUGUUUUCUUGUCGUUUUUACUUUCGUUUCCUUUUUCUGCUUUCUAGUUACUGAUUAUUCGCGCAGACGAACUUCCAUCGCGAAGGAAAAACGGGAAGAAGAAGAGACUGACGGUGACGCCGUCUCGGUCGCGGCAUCCGAGGACUCUCAUCAGGCUCCAUCGGAGGCAAGCACAACGGCUACAGGCGCCAGUCAUCGUAGCGCCAACAGUGAGCAAGCACAGGAAGCCUUUUUCGCGGCAAUAGUUAAUUACAAGACUGACGAUGGUCGCCAGAUCGCACCGACCUUUGCUACUCUGCCCUCUAAGCAGGUAUAUCCUCAGUAUUACGAGGUUAUUACGGAGCCGAUCGAUUUACGCAUGAUUGCCCAACGGGUUUUGUCGGGAUCGUACCAAACUCUGGGAGAGAUGGAGCGCGAGUUCCUGCUAAUGGCUCGGAAUGCGCGACACUUCAACGAGCCCAAAUCUCACAUCUACCAGGUGCAGUUUUCUGCCGUUAGGGGGGCUACCGAUGCCCUACUUGUCCUCUCAAAAUUACAUGCAUUAUCUUACCUUGCUGAAUUUGAUUAA